GGAUCAGAACCGGGACCGGGAUUGGGAUCGGGAUCGGGAUCGGGAUCGGGACUGGGAUCCGGACCCGUUCAGCGCUUGGGGGACCAUCUUCAGGGCUUAGCGUGGAGUCUCCCAGCUCACUGAAAGGACUUAACCAUGGCAAUGCAGGCAGGUAAAAGUAGUAAACCCAAGCGUGCCAAAGGCAAAAGCUCCAAAAAGAAAGGGAAGAAGGUGGUGAAGGACGUGGAUAUCCUCAGCCCAGCUGCCAUGCUCAAUGCCUACUACAUCUGCCACAACGCCCCCGCCUGCCUGGAGUUGCGGGGCUUUCCCUGGCCUGGCUCCCCCAAAAAGAAGGGGAAGAAACGAAAGUAACCAGGUGGCUGGGAAGCAAAGUACACGAUGAAAUCCAAGCUCCCCGGUGAAGAAGAGUAUUUUUUGAGUAUUAGACUCGUACUGACACCUCCAGUAGUUAGCUCAAACAUGUUGCCGUAAUCACUGUUGUGUCCGUACAAAGACACUCUUACGUAGCUCAAGCAUAGAGUGACAAGUGGUGAGUGACGUCUGUGCCCCUGUAACUUCAGCCGUGGCCCUCAGCCCUCCAGUUCUGUGUGGAAUAAAAUGUUGUGCCUCAGCAGUC